AUGAAGAUUUCAUACGCCUCUAUCAUAAUGCUGCUCUCCGUCACAACUCUUGCGAUGCCCAAUCCAGAAGCAUACAGCCACGAUCGCUCUGCACGAACAUUUAACAUACUCGAAGCGCGGAAAGGGUGUUCUGGCCAUAGAAACCGGGCAGAUAAUUGCAUGGGCAACUCUCUCGGUGAGAUGAACAGUUUCCAUGACUGCAAGCAAAUGGCGGGUAAAUGCUGCGCAAAGACUAGGGACGGACGCUUUGCAGUGGAUGUGAGGAAGGGCCUGGGCCGUGAGGACUGCGGCUUUUGUUUCACAGGAAAAUGUAAUGCAUAG